UCCGACUGUGUUUCGGUAUUGAUUUCGUUUUCUUUUUUCCUUGACAAGCCAGAAACCUAAAAUAACCGGAAAGAAGAGAAGAGACUCCAAGAUAAAAUGCCUCCAUUGCUCCUCUGAAUGGAGUUUUAUGAGUAGUCUCUAUCUCUCUCUUCGAGUUUGCAAUUCUGGUCAGAUUGACGGCGUUCACCGCCGGAGUUCGGCCAGUCGAAAUCGAAAAGGGUUAUUUAGGGGGUUUUCUGUAGGUUGGUGAUCGUCGUCUACGAUUUUAUGAUAUAAUCAAUAUGGUUGGAUCAGAUGAGAACAACCCAGGAGUUUUAAGACCUGCAAAUUUGCAAGGUGGGCUUCCAAUGCGAGAUGGUAAGUUCGUCCCGGAGAUCGGAUAUAACCGAAGAGCUCUGAGGAACAUUAAUCGGAAUUUAGUUGGAGCUCACCCUUACCCUCCUUUGGUCAAUAAGAGAGCCCUAUCAGAAAAACAUGCAAUCUGUGAUAAGAACCCACUCCUUCCGGCUCAUCGACCAAUUACAAGGAAAUUUGCUGCUCAAAUGGCCAGUAGGCAGCAAUCUUGUCCCGAGGAGGUCAAAAAACCAAUCCCGCCGGUUGUGAAUCCAAGCGUGUCCCAAGAUUGUACUAUCAUAGAUGUGGAUGAUUAUAAAGGAGCUAAUGAUUUACCUGUUCCCAUGUUCGUCAAUCACACUGAAGACAUGCUGGAUGAAAUUGACCAGAUGGAAGAGGUGGAAAUGGAGGAUAUAGUGACGGAGCCUGAAAUGGACAUCGACAGUGGUGACAAAAAGAACCCACUUGCAGUUGUUGAAUACAUUGAAGAUAUCUAUUCUUACUACAGAAAAACUGAGAAUUGUAGCUGCGUCUCACCAAACUAUAUGAUGCAACAGUUCGACAUCAACCAGAAAAUGAGGGCUAUUCUCAUUGAUUGGCUAAUUGAGGUACACUACAAGUUUGAACUCGUGGAUGAGACUUUAUUCCUUACUGUCAAUCUGAUAGAUAGAUUCUUAGCACGGGAAACAGUGGUAAGAAAGAAGCUUCAGCUGGUAGGGGUGACAGCCAUGCUUUUAGCGUGCAAAUAUGAGGAAGUUUCUGUUCCUGUUGUGGAUGAUUUAAUUCUAAUAUCUGACAAGGCUUACACAAGGAAGGAAAUUCUUGAGAUGGAGAAAUUGAUGGUCAACACUUUACAGUUCAACAUGUCUGUCCCAACUCCUUGUGUUUUCAUGAGAAGGUUCCUCAAGGUGGCUCAAUCUGACAAGAAGCUUGAGCUUCUCUCCUUCUUCCUGAUUGAACUUUGCUUGGUUGAGUAUGAAACGCUCAAAUUCCGACCAUCUCAUUUAGCUGCAGCUGCAAUCUACACUGCUCAGUGUACUCUUAGUGGCUAUAAGCAGUGGAGUAAAACCAGUGAGUGGCAUACUAGCUACUCAGAAGAUCAGCUUCUGGAAUGCUCUAGAUUGAUGGUUACUUUUCAUAAGAAAGCAGGAUCUGGGAAGCUUACGGGGGUCUACAGGAAGUACAGUACAUCUAAGUUUGGUUAUGCAGCAAAGAUUGAACCAGCUCACUUUCUCUUAGAGACAAGACUCUAACUAAAAAUGAGUCAGUGGCCCCAAAAUGACUCAUUUUGUGUGAAAUUUAGUUUUUCAAGGGUGCAGUUGUGCAACAGAAGUUGCCCUCUGAAAACGAACAACAGUCUUGGUGGGAUUUGUUUUGUUGCCACAUAACUAUUUAUUUUGUGGCAUGUCUUUAACAUACUUGGAUGCUAUCACGCCAAACCAUAACUGUUUUACUUUACCCUUUUUUUUUGUUUUUUUUUUCUAUUUCCUUUAUAUCUGUGUUUUAUUUAUGAACUUAUUCUCAGACAAUUUGUCUUUUUGUGAAUAUGAUAAGAAAGAUCAUGCAGAAAAGCCUUCGAUUGGCACCAGAGUAAAAUACAGCUGUUAUCUCUA